UUUUGUGUGACGACAACCACCUACAAAUAAAUUAGAUUAGUCACUUAAUAUAAUAACACUUGGAUCAACUUCAAGUGGCACUAUUAAUAUCAAAAUUUGUCACUAUUAAAUGCGCAAACCCAAACAAUCAGACAUUUCUAUCGAAUCUCUUCUCUUUAAAUUUAAAUGAUGUUAAAAAAAGCUUUGGGUACUUACUCAAAUAAAUUACAUCUUGAGAACAAUAUAAAGUCGUUACAAACGAACGACAUGUGCGGCACCUUGAACAGAAAAAUUUUGGCAAUAAUUUAGCCCGUCCAAAUUUAGCAAACCCCUUUUUAUUGGAUAAUCCUCUUGGCACUUCCAUCCUCGGUAUAAAAGCAACGGGAACAUCUGACCCUAAAACAAGAAUCAAACGAAAAGCCGAGUAGUGAUCAUUCAUUAAAAACGAUGCCGCGCAACAUAAUUAAAUGGAGAGACCCGACUACGAUUGAAUUCGAGGAUGAUUUUGACUUUGAAAUUGACGUACCAACAACGGGGACCAUAAAGCGUCGCCCUAAAAAGUUCCCCCACGUGCCGAGCGAACGCCCGAGAUAUAGGGCUAAGUUACCCCCGCGAUGUUAUUCCAACGAAGACGUCGCAACCAUCUCAAGACGUUGCGAAGCACGAGCUAUAACCCAAAAAGAAUUUUUUGAUGACCCACCAACUCCUUAUCAACUAAAAAAAUCGGCGUCAGCUGCUGUAGUUAAAGAACAUGGUCACGUUGAAUACAAACAUUCGAAAUCCCACAAAAUUUUGAAGCAAAUCAACAAGAUUCAAACGAGAAUGGCCGAAGAUGAAGAUCCGAAUUUCGAUAGGAUGGUGGCCGCUGGAUUAAGCGCGACCCAAAGGAUACUAAGAGGUAAAUCAGCGAAAGCUAUUGAAACCCAAUUGUUAUCGGAGAGUUUGAAGAAUAUUAAUGAAGGGGUUAUAAGUGAUCAAAGAAACGCGUUGGUCAACACUUAUCGUGGUUCCGCUCACUCGAGGAUGAUGUGCGAAAGAUUGGAAAAAGAACUUGACGACACCUUCAUGGUACCUUUGGAUAAUCUUUCUUCGGAAUUGAAGGGAUUCGAUAGAAAGUCAACGCAAUAUUUUUUCAAUAAAAGGUGAACUAUUGAACUCGAUGUUGUGUAAUAUUUGUGAUGUUAUCUAUUUACAAGUGAGUAGCGUUGAUUUAUAUUUGAAUGCAUCGAGCGUUUGCUAAGAAUAGAUGGGUUUUUGUUUCCCCACUUUAAAAUAUUACCAUAAAAUCACUUUCUUAACUCUUAAUACAUUAAU